ACAUUUUGUGAGUUCAACGUGAAGACGGUUGGUCAUUGCUGUUUUCUUGAUGGAUUUCCCAGAAGAUUUCAACCAGCUAGAGCUGCUGGAUCCUCAUGUGAUUCCCAUGGGGACGAGGAGCAAUUGGGCAGAAGAGGAAGAAGGAGAGGAAGAGGAUGAAGCCAUGCACACAGAGGAAUGGCAUCAACAACAGGAACUUCAUUUACAGGACACUCCCUCUGAACUGAUGUUAUGGGCUGCCGAGAGGAACAGAUGUGCAACGGUUGAGCGUCUCAUUGCAUUGGACCCGACGCUAGUCAAUUGUCAUGAUAGCGACGGCUACACCCCUCUGCACCGCGCUGCCUACAGUGGCCAUCACGACGUGGCGUCCGCUCUUUUAAAAGCCGGAGCGAAUCUCCACGCGAGAACAGCCGACGAUUGGAUGCCGCUACAUAGCGCCUGUCGCUGGGGUCACGCUAACGUAGCGUCUCUUCUUUUGCAGUGGGGGUCAGAAGUCAAUGCGAUGACAGCAGGUCGACUCACACCACUACAGCUGGCUGCUGGAAAUGCCGCCGCAGGCAAAACCAUUGAGCUUUUGCUAUCACAGCGCACCCUAGAGGCGGGACUGAAAAACAGCGCAGGAGAGACCGCAUAUGAUAUCGCACAUCGCACAAGUGAACUUCACAGACUGUUCGAGAUCGUAGAGCCGUGUAAUAACGUAUAUUAAGAUAUUUACGUGUUAGCUUAGCAUUAAACUUGGCUUAUGGCUUAUGACAUUGUACGAAUAAACAUGAAUUAUUUUUUUUCUUUUGUAAUCGAGAUUUGUAGUGACAUAUAUUGAUGUAUAAACUUUGCUCAAGUCUUGCAUGUCCAAACUCGGUCCUGGAGGGCCGGUGUCCUGCAAAGUUUAGUUCCAAACCCAAUCAGACACACCUGGGCUAGCUAAUCAAGCUCUGACUAGCCUUUCUAGAGACAUCUUUGCAGGUGUGUUGAGGCAAGUUGAAGUUAAAAUCUGCAGGACACCAGCCCUCCAGGACAGAGUUUGGACACCCCUGGCUUAAGUGAACAAAAUUUUAUUUAUUUUAUUUUUUCGCUUUCACAGAAUCUUGUAAUAACAUUGACAUACAGUGCUCAGCUGUAUUGGGUACACCCCCUUUUGAACAUUAAUAUGUUUAUCUAUUUCUCAGUGAAUCUAGAUGAUUUUUUUUUUGCGCAUUUUAGCAUCAACUAAUUGGUCAUUAUUGACAAUGGAAUGUUAUCAACGUAUGCCGUCAUCAAUUCGUUGGGAAGUUCACGGAAGAUAUGCGCAAUGAAGCAUACAGAACUAGUGUUGUGUCGAAUUCAGCUUUCCCUAUGUUUCCCCUCAGUUUAUAUUUCCACUACGCAAACUGUAUUCUGUACAGAGCUGGUGUCAAUCACUCUCUUGAGAUCGUGCCACAGCAUCUCAAUCAGGUUGAGGUCAGGAUUCUGACUGGGCCACUCCACAAGCUGUAUUUUCUUCUAUUGAAGCCAUUUUGUUGUUCAUUUACUUCUUUGCGUUUGGGUCUUUGCAUCACCCAUCCUUUGCGUUUGGAUAAAAUUAGUUGAACAAAUAAUUUAGAUACGUCGAAAGUAAUCAAAUUAGUUGUAUUUUAAUAAAAUUCUAUUGCAAUUGAUCAUGCGAAAAGUUGAUCGAACACAUGAAUCAUCCAAACCCUGAAUGCUGUUUUGAACAGAAUAAAAACUCAUUAAAGAC